CGCAGUACGACGUUGACAAUUGCGGGCUGCCUUUUCAGCGGACCAUGAUGCCACGCAACGAAGCCACGCGACCGAGCAAAACCAGAGAAAGUGUUCAGUAAAAGUUAAUAAAAAAAAAAAUCGGAAAAAUAUUUCCCGCGAAAAGUUAGCCAAUAAAUCGCACGGUGAAAAAAAGGUGAUAAAUUUGCCAGUAAUCAGUGGAAAAUCCACAUUCGAAACGCGAAACGAAACGCAAACUUCAAAUUAAACUGUGAAUUAUAUUAGUAUUAAGUUCAUCCAUUCCAUUUUGGUGCUAGCCAACAAUGCGCAACUAGGCGUAUACGUGAUAAAAUUCAACCAAAGCUAAUACAUUAAGGCAACCAAUUCAACAGCCAGCAUUGUUGCGUCUGAUAGAAUGAACACAACAGUAAUGACAUUGAAAUGGCGCCAGAAAUACAAAAGCAGAAAAAGGCCAAAGAAACUGAAACAACGAAUAAUUGCAACAGACACUGCCCCAGCAAUACACAAAAAAACAACAAAUGGAACCAGCAGACUGAGAGAAACGAGGUGCAAACUGAGGCAGAACAGCAAAUGGCUGCCAAAUGAACGACACAGAAAUGUGGCUAAAAUGCUAAAAGUGCUGCAAACGACGACAAAUCCAACACAAUGUUGUGCAAUUAAAGCAACAGGAACACCAGCAACAUCCACAAUGACUUCCAGCUGCAGCGACCAUUGUCAGUCGCAAUCGCAGCAGCAACAGCCGCAGCAGCAGCAUCAGCAGCAACAGCAGUUGCAGCAGCCGAAACAGCAGCAACAUCAGCAACGGCGACAUCCACUUCCGGCGACUCUGACGCUGCUCCUUUGCCUGGGCAUCAGUUUGGGCAUGGCUGCCACAGCAGCUGCUGCCGCUGGAGGAGGAGCUGCUCCCGGUUCCGCAUCCGGAACAGCUGGCUCCCCAUCCAGCUCCAGCUCCAGCUCCGUCUCCAGCUCCUUGGGACCCGGCAAACCUGCCAAUUUGCAACUGGCAGCCGGCUCCUCCGCGACGGGCUGCUCCCUGGCUGAGUUCAGCUGCUCCAAUGGAAGAUGCGUGCCGCUGAGCAAGUACUGCAACAAUCUAAACGAUUGCGGUGACGGCAGCGAUGAGCCGCGAUUUUGCACACGCUGUAAUCGCACCUACUACGGGGACAUCGGCCAGACGUACUCCUUGGAGUUGCACCGCCCCAAACAGGAUCGCGUGCCCUUUGUGUGUGUGCUCACCUUCACGGCGGCAGGUGGCCAACAUGGUGAUGUGGUGCAGGUCACCCUGGACAGCUUCACGAUUGGGAGGUUCACCUCGUACGUUCAUGAGGGUUGUCCGGACGGCUAUAUGCAGAUAGCGGAAUCGGCGCGGACGCCCAUCGGCGGAAUGUGGUGCGGCAGCUCCUGGGGACCAGUGCUCUUCUACAGCGAAACGCGCUCCCUGAUAUUCACCAUCCGGCUGAACAGACUGGCGAGGGAUCAGAGUGGCUACAACUUCGACUUCCGCAUCAGAUACAAGGUUCUGUCCAGGGACAGUUCGGUGACCCGCUACGGGGGCAUUAAGCUGGCAGAGUUGGCCCAGUGGCACAACCGCAGCAGCUUCCUCAAUCAGCAACAGCAACAACAGCAGCAGCAGCAGCAGCAGCAGCAAGGUGGCGGUGUCCUGGAGGAUUUCACCAACUCCAGUGGAGCCCGCUCGGACCGUUAUGGCCAGGACUUCAGUCUGUUCAGCGCUUAUGCCAACAAUAAGACCUUCAUGGCCUCGCUGGAAAAGUCACUGGCCAAGGACGAGCAAAACUACACGGAGCCCAAAUACUAUUUGGGUGACCUUAUACCCGGAACGUAUUGCUCCAGGAUCUUCAGCGACUGCGACAAGAAGCCCUGCCGGCUGCAGUCGCCCAACUUUCCCGGCAUCUAUCCCCGCAACCUCACCUGCUACUACGCAGUGCGACAGCACGACGUGCCCCAUGGCAAACACGCCCUGAUUCUAGUCAAACAGCCCAAGGGCAAUCUGGUCUGGAUUUCCACCCAGGAAACGGCCACGGCGAACAAAAUGGCACCGCCACCGAGUGCCAGCGACAAGGAUAAGAAAUUCGAGCCGAGGCUGAAAACAUGGAAUGACUGCGAUUACAUUCAGGAAAAUGUAAAGCCCAAAUGGAAAUCCACGGACUACGUGACCGUGUACGAUGGAUACACCACACGUGACCCCAUCAUAUUGAAGUUCUGUGGCGGCGGUCAGGCGGUGCCGGCGGCCGUUUCCAGCGGCCCGGAGCUUUUGGUCGAGUUCAGCACGUCGCCGUUUGGCACCUUCACCGGCACCUCGUCGCAGGUCCUGCCGCUCUACGGAUUCCAGCUGGAGGUUGAAGUUCAAUUCGUGGACAUCCAGAGUCCCACGUACUCGAAGAACAAGAAGCCCUGCGAGUUUUGGAUUCGCGGAGCAGGCCGUGGCAUCCUGGAGAGUCCCAAGCACUCGCUGGCCCCGAACUCCACGUGCCUGUACCAUCUGCAGGGUCUGGGCGUCUUCAAGACCUUCGACCACCUCAGUUUGUCGCGCCGAACGAGCAGUCAAUCGGGCAUGCACCAGCCACUUUCCCGCUUUAAGGUGUGGAUUUCCAUCCUGAAGUUCAACCUGGAUCCGGAAUUUGGCCAGAUGGACGAGACAUCUGUGGGGGCCAUUGGAGUGCUGCAAACGCAGGAGGAUUGCAGCGGCAUGCUGCGCAUCUGGGAUGGAACUCUUAGGGAUGCACCCGUUUGCAAGGACUUGAACUGUGCCAGCGAGACGAGUAGCUAUAACACCCUGGGACACUAUGCCCACAACUCCACCAAUGUGAUUGCCAGAUUCUGCCGGGGCACUAUUCCACGCACCUGCGAUCGCUCCAAUAUCAAUGAGACCUACGCCAGACCCUGCACAAUAUCCGAGAGUUAUGUGUCCAGCAGCGAUGCCAUCACUUUGGAGCUGCGUAACACGGAAUCCACAGUGCUGAGACCGCUGGACUUUAAGCUGAAGUACGAGUUCAUAGAUCUGCAUCAGGAUGGUUUACCCUAUGGUGGCGGCGAACACGAUUGCAACCGGAAGUUCCUCAGCAGCAUGAUGGAUCGCAAGGAUCCGGCCAUCUUUCGUAGUGUGCGCAAUAUCUUUCUGUUCGGAAGAGGAGGCACUAGGAACCUGAAAUGCAUUUACAAAUUCGAGGCACAACGCGGCGAGAGGGUCCGAAUCAAGAUGAGAAAGGUGACAACCACCAAUAGAGCCUGCUAUUCCCGAGUGGAUGAGGAUAUCAAUCGUUCCUUUUGCUAUGGCGAUACAAAUGUCAGAAUCGAGAUCUUUGAACGCCCCUAUCACGAUUCAAUACUGCUGCAUCGCGGCUGCAUGUGCAACUCCUCCAACCAAUCCCACCUGCCGGUGGAGUACACUUCCACAAGUCGCGAUGUGGAGGUGCACUUCAUUGCCCAAAACAUGACCACCUUGGACGAUCCGGAUACGGUUAAUUUCGAGGGCAUGUUCGAGUUUGUCAAGGCGCCGACAAGUUGCAAGGAUGGUCGCCGAAAGUUCGGACCCAGUGGCACCAUAGACAUGACCUUUGGAGAUGUGGAGUGCCGCUCAAGACCAUGGUUGAUUGAGCCAUCAAAUGGCAAUAAGUUCUUAUAUGUGCGACUGAAGGCCAUAUUCUUGAGCAAACACAAUCCCAUGAAGACUCUAAACACGACCUAUGUUCAAACAGACACCUGGCGAUGUGAGACCAAGUCAAGGGCCGUGCUGACCACUUCGGAGGGUCUAACCAUUGUGGCCUGCCCACUGAGUCCCGACUCGAGUGCCUAUGAGUUUGUGGAGAUUUUCAGCUCCGGUUGGAAUGAGAGACCCAACUUUGCGCUCAUCAAUCGAUCCAGGGCCAUCAGCGUGGAGUUUCUGCGUCCUGGCAAUGGCGAGUACUUCUUUAAUUGGAUGGAAUUGAUUCCCAGGCCCACGCUCAGUAUUGCAGAGGACUGCCAAUUUAAGUGCGCAGAACUGGCUGCCUGUGUGAAUGCAAGUGUUUGGUGCGAUGGUGUUGUUCAUUGUCCUUCCGGAGAUGAUGAGACCUUCCUCCAGUGCUCGGCCUUGAUGAAACUGCCCGCCGAGAUCCUGGCCACCCUAUGCCUGAUCUUUGUGCUCUCGUGUUGUGCUUUCGCUGCCUUUGCCUACAAGAAAAUCAAACGCAAGCUGCGCGGCUCGUCGGUGCUGCAGACGCGCCUUAAAUCGCUCAGCUCGAUGGACACGGCCGUUUUGGAUGAAAAGGAGGUGAUUUGCUGACAAAGCGACAAUUCUGUGCGUUACGUGGAGAUCGACCGUGUGACCACGGUCUGAUGCUCGACGGCCACUAACGUGCAGAAUUGUGCCCCGGAACAGACACCAGAAUCGCCACCACAAGCCAACCAAAUGAUACAGAAACAGAAACCACAAUUACAACUGACGCGAAUGCGAAACGCAACAAUGAAAAGAUCAAAUGAAAAGGCAACUCUUUUUCGAAAUCAAAACCAAAAGCAAAACCAAACCAGAAUCAAAAUCAAAAUCGUUCACCUGUUUUUUAAAAUGCAUUUAUAUGAGAGCGAAUCCGUUACAGAUCGUAGGAUUUCGUUGGUUCUAUUUGUAUUAACCUCUAUUUUAUAGAUCGCAAGACUCGGAUGACUCGUGUCCUUUUCCAUUUUUUUUUUAGUGUCGCGCAAUUUUAUAAGCAAUUUUCUAGGCCUAGGAUUUUUCGUAUGUAUUUUCGAUAUGAUUUCCCAACUCGACCCACACAAAUACACACACACACUGUACAUACUAACGAUUGCGUAACACGAAAGGACAAUGACAAGAACGAGGACGAGGACCAGAAAUCGGACAGAUCUGACCAGUUAAUACUUCCACUAGGUUCGUGUGUUUGGUUCCAACAGAGUACUCAUAGACCUAUGUAGAUACAACUGUUUCCUAAUAGCCUUUAAGUGUAUCGUACUAUGCUAAUCAAACCGACUAAGCGAGUUCAGAUGGGUGGGGUUAGUUUUUUUGGGUAAUGUUUCAGAAACUCCCACAGCAUUUAUUAUGCGGCGCACAAAACCAAAAAAAAAAAAAGAUUAAUGAAACAAAAUAAAACAAAUGGUAAAAAUCCAAAGGAGUAAGCGGAUGGAAGUGAGAUUAAUCGACAAUUCCAAGUGUAGAUCGUAAGUGGAACAUGUUUUACAUUUUAAGAUUGAUGGAUGGCAUCGUAAACGUAAUUUAGUCGCCAGGGGGACGCAGCAGUGGUUAGUCGAAUAUGUCAAUAUAUAUAUAGAAGCUAGAUGAAUUCGUUAGUUGUUUAAUAGACGUUGUAGUGAUCAUGGAUAAUAUCAGCAUAAUCAAAGCUAAAUCAAGCCAACAACUUAGUGGUAUCUCGUCGUAUUCAAAGUACUCAAAACCCCAAUCGAAUCGCAGUCAUUCAGUCAG